AUGCACCGUCUCUUGCUGCUGCUCGCGGGCGCCUGCGUGGCCGAGAUGCGUCUCCGCCUCGACGCGCUGCCCGUGCCGCCGGCGGUCGCACGCAUGGUCGGCAAGGUCGGCAACGCAGCCAUGUACUGCACCGGCAUCACCGUCGGCCCCCGCAUGGUGCUCACGCCCGCGGCCUGUGUCCAUGCCGGCUUUAUGACGUACGAGAUCAACCACGUCAUCGCGAACGUGGUUGGCGUCCAUCGCCAGAGCGAGUUUUGGCCCGACGCAACCGACGGCGGCGACUAUGCGCUCCUGGAUCUGGACACGCCGGUCGGCGACCUCUUUGGGACGCUGCCGCUCGUGGGCGCGCCGCCCUGCGCCAUCACGCUCGUCGCCGUGUACACGUCGGUCUCGGUCUCGACGGUGCAGUUUGCGCCAGGCUACGACCCGGGCGUCCAGGUGCAGUGCACGAUGAAGGUGCUCUCGACGUCGCGCUGCGCCCACGACUGCGACACGUCGACCGUCGGGUCGCCCGGCGCACCCCUGCUCUAUACACUGCGCAACGCCACAACCUCGACGACGUGCGUCCUAGGCAUGCACCUCGUCGGCGACAGCGGUAGUAGCAACCGGAUCGGAAGUAUCGUCGCGGCGGCCAACGCCCACCUCUCGUGGCUGCAGAGCAUCAAGACGACGACACCGACAACGACGACACCGACAACGACGACACCGACGACGACACCGACGACGACACCGACGACGACACCGACGACGACACCGACAACAGCCACGACCGUAGCCCCCGACAAGAAUGAGGCGACGGCGGUGCCCAUGUCGAACGCCUCGAGCGACGGAUCGAGCAGCGCCACCACGAUCGUGUACGUGUGCAUCGCGGUCGUGCUUCUUGCCUGGGCCAUCGUGCUCGGGUGCAUGCUGCGGCGACGCUUGAGCCAGCAGCGGGACUUGAUGACGCCGGCGACGGCCCCGUGA